CUGAAACAUUAUAAACAACAACGAUAGGGAUGCUGAUUCCAAGUGUCACAAAACCCAGCUCAAGCGUUUAAGUUACCAGAUAAAAUAUUAAGCAGUCAAGUGACAUGAAGCCAUCCCUCCUCUCGUCCCUCGCCGCCUGGUUCCUCGUUGCUCACCCACUCACCCUGAGCUGUCUCAACACUACCACGGGGUGAAAUCAAUUCUCCCACAAAGUCUUGUCUCUUUGCACUUGCACCGCUGCACUCGCUGCUCUUACCAGAACCGACCUCCCACGGCAUAUAAUGGCCCAACUAGACAACCGAGUCCUCGGCCACAAUGAUGCCAUUUACGACGACACCGUGCCUGAAAACGACCAGGCCUUCAAGAUCGAGUUUCUUGAGAUUGUCCCGACUCACUAUCAUCACCCGGACAAUAGUGACCGUGUCUUCUUCGUCUACCUACGCGGUUUCAGGAAGAAAGAGCUGGCACUUCCUGAGGAGGGUCUGAUUAAUGCAACCCUCAACAUAAGCGCCUCUGCUGCCUAUCCGGAUAGUAGUUACGACAAAAAAGACUCUACUACAGGACCAUUAGAGACUACAUCCUUUAAUAAUCUAGCCCACCUCACAUUCCGUAAUAAGUAUAGGAUUAAGGUUGACUACAUGCCCAGUAGCGACUACAGUGAGGUCGACGCGCGAGCUGGAGAUGUAAACAGUACGUGCCUGUUUGCUAUGAAACUGACACAAUGGUAA